UUUCGCACACGUCAUUUCAGUGUUGAAAAUGGCUCAACGGACGUGGCAUAUGUUUUCUGUAAUAACACUUUUAUUUACGAUUUUAUCACUUGUCGGCGAUGUUUUGUCGAAUACAGCGGCACCAUGGUACGAAAAUCUGCCGGCGGUGACAAUGGAUUACAAGGUUCACAUCGAUGCUGGCAAGGAAGACUGUUACUUUCAAUAUGUGCAGCCGGGUGCUACGUUUUACGCCAGUUACCAGGUGUUGAAGGGGGGUGAUGGUAUGUGUGGGUUCGCCGUGCGGCAUCCGAACGGUCAGAUCGUGCACCCUUACGAGUGGCGGCAGAGCGCGGAGUACGCCGACCAGACCUCCACCGGGGGUUACUACGCCGUCUGCAUAGAUAACCAGUUCUCUCGAUUCGCGGGGAAACUCGUCAACUUAUACUUGUCAGUGAUCAGAUACGACAUGUGGGAGAAGUACGCGAAGGAAGUCGAAGAGUUGGACAUGAACAUCAAGAACUUCACUAACUCCAUCCAGUUCGUGGAGCGCAACAUCAAUGACAUUCUCCAGUACCAAUACCACUCGAGAGCUAGAGAGUCCCGUGAUUACAAUCUACUGCAGGACAACAACGCCUAUGUAUUGCGAUGGUCCUUAAUCCAAAUUAUCGCGAUUGCGGCGACGGCGACCCUGCAAGUAUAUUUCUUAAGAAACCUCUUCGAAGUAAAGGACAACUCUUCAAAGACCAGAAUUUGAUUCCCUGUACUUGUAAGCUCAGCAUCACCAAUACUGACUGUCUAUCAUCAUUCCACUCUGGAUUUCACUAAACCUCUUUGAUCUCUAAGCUUUUUUUUAUAUUCUGUGGAAGAGUAACUGAAAUCCAUUAUUUUAGUAUUUAAUACUGAUUGAUGAAUGAAAAAAAGAAAAAACAUGUGACAGUUUCUUGGGCAAUAUCGUUCGCGCGUAAUCUAUUCUGAAUUUCUGAAUGACUGGUUUGAUCACCUAUUGACCUACGAAUACCAUUUUAUUUGAAAAAGGAACUUAUAAUUUCUUAUCCUUUUGCAAAAUAAGCUACGUGAAGAACAAAGCGCGGAACAACUAGAAUUUAUUAUUGAAUCUCCAUUCGUAUUGAAUUCGAAUGAAAAUAUAAGUAAGUAGGAGUUUGCGUCAUACAUGCGCCCUGCUUUUGAUCUGAAUUGGCUAAAAUGGUGCUGCUUCUGGCAGAAAAUAUUUACUUUUUAGUCUAAUUGCUGUAAAAAUAGUGCUGUCCCUCACUUACGACGAGUGCAAGACAAAGAUAAAGCUAUUUUUUUUUUUUUGUUUUGGUUUUCCCCGAAGGGUAAGGCAAAGGGAACUAUGCCCAUACAGCCAUGUCUGACGUAUUUUUUUCUUGAUGAUUAAUGAAAUGAUGAAAGGUGAUGAUGAUGAAACCUAAGCCCCCACCCUCGGAGUAGACUCCUACUCCGAACCCCAAACGAAUUAACUCAAAAGUCCGCAUAAACUUUUGAGUUAUGAAGCGGCUUCCUGACACGAAGCGAAAAUAGGCAGAUACACUUUGUUUAUUGAAUACUCCACUAACUAACUUAAUGCGAUCAUUAACCACAAAACACCACUUCGUAUUAAUUAUUUAGAUCAUUCAAUGAAGAAAGCAACUGUCCCGUUCCCGUUUCCCGCCAAAAAGCCAAGAGAAGAUAAAGCUAGUUUUAGAACUGUCAAACUGUUUUAUCUUGUUUAUUUCCUUGCGGAAAGGCAAAGACGAAACAGUUCAGCCAUACUGUCAAAAUAAAAUAAUAUUAACUUCGUGUCUGUAGGAAUCAACCUUAUCAUCAUAAAUCUCAUCACAUUGCUGACUUACAUUAAGUAAACUAACGAAUCUCCGUAGUGAGUGCCAACAAGAAUUCAUAGUUACUCUUCCAAGUAUUUUUUACUCGCACUUCUCAUGACUUUAAUGGUAUUCAGCCUAUUUUGUAUUUUUUUUUACUCCUAGCAUAAUUAUAAACGUACAAUUACUGCUUUUGAUACAGUACAUUUAAUCCGGAUAGCGCACAAUGCUACUGCAUUAAAAAGACUAUUUUUGAGAUUGUAUUUUAAGAUCUGAAUGUUAAGCAAAGAAAUAUUUUAAUAUAUAGGAAUAGACUUUUUUAAUAUUUAUUUGCUAUUCCUGCGGGCCUAGCACCGUAACCACGCGACUCUUUCUCACCGCGACAGAAAUCGUCUUGUCUCUUUCUGUGCAGUACUGUGAGAGAGUGACGGGUGACGGAUGUCGAGGCGAGAGAGUCGCGCGCUUACUGUGAUAAGCCCUCUGUUGACAUGAAAAUUAUUUUUUUAAUUUGUUACUUAUUUUUUUUAGAUUAUGAAUCUGUUCUAAAAGAGUUAAAUCUCAUUACGGUUUGUAUAAUGGCAAAGAGAUUUACCUUUUGUAUGAAUUAACAAUUGUAUGAAGAAUAAAUGAAUAGUUAUAUA